AUGCACCCUUCAACAGCAGCAGCUGAAGUGAUCCAGUUGGGUCGUAUUUCCUAUGCACGUGCAUUACAGGUACAGCAACUCUAUGUUAGGAGACAUCUGGAUUCUAAAGACAAAUUGCACAAUGCUCUGCUACUGUGUGAACACCUGCCAGUCUACACCAUUAGAACUAGACAUUCACCAUUCGAAGAGGAGCAAAGACUCAAACUCCUUGGUGCUGAAUUCUUUCGUAGCAAUCGUGGCGGGCUCAUAACUAUCCAUGGCCCAGGGGAGUUGCUGUGCUACCCAAUAAUCAACUUGGGCUGCUUCAAGAAAAGUGUGAAAUGGUAUGUAUUUGAGUUGGAGAGGACUGGCAUCAACCUUUUCAGGAAGUAUGUGUUAAAAGCAUCCUCCUCCCCAGACACCGGGGUCUGGGUUGGAAACAACAAGAUAUGUGCCAUUGGAAUCCAUUGUGGGAGAUACAUAACAUUGGCACGCAACUGCAACACAGAUAUGGGCUGGUUUGAAAACAUUGUGCCAUGUGGGAUUGUUGGUGUCACCUCCCUCAGUCAAGAACUGGGAUGA